CUGGUGUGUUUGGGGAACUCGUGCUUCCUGUCUGUUUCCUGUCUCACUUUUCUCAGCACAGAUUCAGUGCGGGUUGUGACUCAGAGUCUCUCCAGCAGAAGAAGCUUCUCUCCGGACGGAAGUCUCAGUUUCUCCCGUGUUUGUGCAUCUAAACCCCGGGACCCUCAUCAUGUCUCUGCCGCGGCAGCUCCGGGACGAGAGUGACUUCGACCAGCUGCCUCACAACAUCCCCAUCAGCGCCACCGUGGCAGACAUCGAGGAGAAGAAGGGCUUCAUCGACUACUUUCUGUUUGUGAUCGAGGUGAAGACUAAAGGAGGGGGCAAGUAUCUGAUCUACAGGCGCUACAGAGAGUACUUCAACCUGCACCAGAUCCUGGAGUCCAGAUACUCCCCUGAGGACCCGGAGAGACCCGGACCCAACACCUGCACGAUACCUUCCCUGCCCGGGAAAGUCUUCUACGGGAACAAGCGGGAGAUCGCAGAGAGCAGGAUCCCUGAACUCAACACGUACAUGAAGAGGCUGCUGGGUCUGCCAACAUGGCUGCUGUUGGACGAGGCCCUCCGGAUGUUCUUCUACCAGACGGAUCAGGACGGGCAGCACCUGCCCAGAGCCCUGAGGCGCCUCCGCCCCCCCACCCGCAAAGUGAAGACUGUGAAGCCGAAGAUGGACGUCUUCUCCUCCCCCCGCGCAGAGGUGAUGUUUGACUUUCGCGGCAACGGCAAAGCGGAGUUGGACCUGAAGAAGGGAGAUGUGAUCUUCCUGCUGCAACGAGUCAACGCUGACUGGCUGGAGGGCACCGUGAACAAUCAGACUGGCAUUUUCCCACAAUCCUUUGUGAACGUCAUUAAGCCCCUCCCAGAGAGUGAGGUGGAAGGAGAGGGUGGAGAUCUGACCUACAGCUGCCUGCGCUGCUUCCUGCUGACGCCCUCCGGAGUCCAAACCAGGUGCGUUUACCUACGCGUCUGCAUGUUUCACGAUUCAAAUAAACCGCUGGUUUACCAGGACCUCCACUCAGAUGUGUUUACGUCUCUCUUCAGGAACGUCUUCAAGGAGGAAGACAUCGCCAUAAACUACCGAGACCCCGAGGACGACCUGAUCCGGAUCCUGGACGACGAGGACGUCCAGCUGAUGAUCCGUGAGAGCCGACAGCAGAGAGUCAAAGUCAACCGACCGGCCAAUCAGUUCCUGUGGGAGAUCUACGUGAGCAUGGCCUCCGACCUCUCCGUGUACAACACUGAGGCCUGAGAGGAGGUCACAGAAAGUACUCACAGAAAGUACUCACAGAAAGUACUCACAGAAAGUAUUCACUGUUAUUGUACGAGAUGAACUGCAGCCUGUCUGUGUCUGAUGCCGGGUGUUACAGAUGUCACUGUCAGUUGUUGGACGAUACAUUUCUCUUCCUAAUAAACUAAUCUAAUUACG